AUGCGCUACUCUGUCCCCGUACUCGCUGCCCUCGUGGCUUCGGCCACUGCUACUGCUCCCAUCGGACGUGCUGUCAAGAUGUUGACGCUGGAGACCUCCCCUGGUGUCACUAUUGAGGUCACCGAGGAGCAGAAGUUUGAGAUGAUGGACAGGGGCGCCCAUUUCUUCGACAUCACUGAGUUCCAGGACAAGGAGGUGUCGGCCAACAGGCUCGCCGUUGCUGCGGCCCUGCCUUUUCCCGACAAGUUCCACCAGAAGUGCACCAUCGACGAGUUGAUUCCCAAGCUUGACAUGGAGAGGAUCGAGAGACUUUUGACCAAGUUCUCUUCGUUCCACAACCGCUACUACCUCUCCAACUGGGGCGUCCAGGCCGUCGACUGGCUGCAUGACCAGAUCAAGGAAGCCAUUGAUGACAGCGGUAUUCCAUUUGUCAACCUCCGCUACGUCCGCCACGUCGCCUGGGCCCAGCCCAGCCUGAUCGUGACCAUUCCCGGCCGCAACCAGCGUACAGUCAUCCUUGGCUCCCACCUCGACUCCGUGAUCUCGGGCGAUCGCGGCACCGGCCGUGCUCCCGGUGCCGACGACAACGGCUCCGGCUCGCUUAUGAACCUGGAGGUGCUGCGCGCCGUCCUCUCGGACAAGCGUGUUCAGGACGGCGACAUCCUCAACACCCUCGAAUUUCACUGGUACGGUGCCGAGGAGGCCGGCUUGCUCGGCUCCCAAGACAUCUUUACCCAGUACCGCACUCUCAACCGCCAGGUCGUCUCCAUGCUCAACCAGGACAUGGUCGGCUACGCUGGCCGUGACGGCAUCGAGCGUUUCGGUCUCGUCACUGACUUCACCGACGCCAGCCAGAACGACUUCCUCAAGAAGGCCAUCGGCCAGUUCACCAACAUUCCCUACGAGGAGACGGUCUGCGGCUACGCGUGCUCCGACCACGCUUCCGCCAACCGGAAUGGCUUCCCCUCGUCGUUCAUCUUCGAGGCGCCGUUCGGCAACCACAACCCGUACAUCCACACGCCCAACGACACGAUGCAGCACGUUUCGUUUGAUCACGUCAAUGAGCACGCCAAGAUGGCGCUGGCGUACAUGUACGAGCUCGCCUACUGGGCCUUUGCCUAA